AUGGUGCUCUCGCUGCCAGUCCCCGGCUUCUCCAGAUCCUCCAUAUCCCGCCCCGCCGACGGCACGCAAUCCCACCGAAAGUCAGCCUCCGGUUCUUCAACUAGCUCCUCUUCCAGUCGCAAUUCCCGAAAGCCAUCCCUAGGACAGACUGGCUCCUCUCCCAACAGCUACUCCAUCACCCUCGAAGCGCUACGAAAUAACCCAUUUGGCAGUACCUCCCGAUCCCGCGGCCCCGUCCAGCUCUCGGUCCACGAAACAGAGGAACACAAGCGAGAACAGGAGGAACUCAAUACUGCACUCGAGACUCUGGUUCGAAUAUUUCCCGAUGUGCAAAUAGAGGUAUUCCGCGAGCUGCUACUACGCUUUGACGGACAGAGCCGGUUACAAGUGUGUGUGGAGGAGCUACUCAGGCAUAAGAAGAAAUGGGUUUCGGGGCGGUGGAAUCUCCCGGAAGGAACCACUGAAGCCAAGGUAGAGGGAAGUGCCCGCACAGCGCCUGGGGGCGACAACUUUGCUCGACAUGACGUUGGCAAUGGUGGCCUGGUCCCUCCCGAGGAGCGGUUUCGGUCCGAUGAAUACAAGGCCGCUGUGCGGAUGGCCAUGACAAGAGAAUAUAAUGGUCUGAACAAGAGUACAGUGGAGGCUGUUCUAGCUGAAGUGAAUUUCAGCUAUGCUCGGGCUCGACCGACGCUCCGGGAUCUGUCGCGUCGGACAUGGCGCGCGACAUUCAACAGCAUGUUCCCGUCUUUCAGGCGAAAGAAGGACCGCGACGAACAUCCGCUUCUGGCCUGGCAUCGUCGAGCAGAUGGGGAACUUGUUCCCGUUCUGAAGGAAACUGGGUGCAACGAGCUGGAUGCAGAGCUCCACGAGAUGUUGUUGGCCCCGCUGUUGCGGCAGAAGCGUGAAGAGCAGCGUGAUAAGGAUUUCCGAUUUGCUUCAGAGUUGAAUACGAAGGAAGCCCAAGAACUCAAUGCCCUUUACGAAUGCGAGUGUUGUUUCGCCGACGUGACAUUUGAGCAGAUCGCGACAUGUUCAACCAACACUCAUAUCAUUUGCUACCACUGCAUUCAAAGAACCGUCUACGAAGCGCUGUUUGGGCAGGGCUGGGGAAAGUCUGUCGACUUGGAGCAUUAUACUUUGAAGUGUCUUGCCCCGUUGUCCAUCGGGUCGUGCGAGGGAUGCCUUCAUCCAGAGAUUGUCAAGCAGGCAAUUCUUCUCGACACGGCUGGCUUCGAAACAUACCGCAAAUUCGAGGAUCGGCUCUCCUCCGAGGCGCUUAUGAAGUCUCAGCUGAAGCUCGUUAGAUGUCCAUUCUGCUCAUAUGCUGAAAUCGACCCAGUGUACCACCCUUCAUCCCAUGGUGUCCGCUGGCGGCUCCGUCGUGACGGUGGCAUUAUUCCUACGAUUUUGAUGACCCUUCUCCUACUUGAUCUUGUCCCCUUACUCGUAAUCCCUGUUUUUAUUCUGCUCCUUUUGGACCCAGCCACCGUAACAGCGGUCUUCGGGAAUGCCAUCCGCAACCUUUGUCUCAAGAUCCGACCUAAACGAUUCACCUGUGCCAACCCCUCCUGCUCACGCAUUAGCUGUAUGACGUGCCAGAAACCGUGGCGAGAUCCACAUGUGUGUCAUGAGCCGUUACUCCUGGACUUGCGCGCUACCGUCGAGGCUGCCCGCACCGCCGCCGUGAAACGCACCUGUCCCCGCUGCUGCCUCUCAUUCGUCAAAUCCUCAGGCUGCAACAAAUUGACUUGCGUCUGUGGCUACUCCAUGUGCUACCUAUGCCGCAAGGCACUAGGCCCACCUAUACGAACAACCGCGCCUGCCCGUGCCCCUCGCGGGUUAGAUGCCUUUGAUGGCCCGGGCGAUAUACCCGACGAUAUCUUUUUUGAUGAACAUGUCGCAGGCAACAUGUCCGAAGACGACGAAUUCGAAGAACCAGAAGGAUACAAACACUUCUGCGAGCAUUUCCGCAUCAACCCUGGGUCCCGCUGCACAGAAUGCACCAAAUGCAAUCUCUAUCAAGCAGAAGACGAGGAAGCGGUCGCCCGCCGCGCAGGAGAGAAAGCUGAGCGUGAAUGGCGGAUCAGGCAAGGCAGUUCCGGAACCAGCAACCCGACUUCGACUGCUGGAUUCCGCAACGUCAAUCAUGAUCUUUCGGCAGGGGCCGAUAGCCACUCUACGAAUCGCCGAGCGACGGCUUCAAUUUGGGAUUUGCAGCUUACAUCUUCGAAUAAGCCGUGGGCUUACUGGCUCAGUGAUGUGUGGGCUGAUGGACGAUGGAAACUCGAGGGUCAGGCUUUUGCGGACUGGAUUGUGGAACGAGUCGUCGAAGUUGAGGACGUAUGA